AUGUAAAGCGACCUUCUAUGGUUUUGUAGUUUCAUAAAACCAUUCGAAGCGAGCUCUUUCUCUUAACGAAGGCUAUCAACAAAAAUAUUUUUGAUGCAAUUUCUUUUUAAUUUAAAAUCUUUGUUCGGUUAGCUUUUUUUUAUUUUUUUGCUCUAGGUUACGCCUUCCUUCGGCAAUAGCGUAUUCUCUUUGGUGUUGAAUAAUUGUUUACAUGUUUAUCUAUUCUGACUAGACAGUACAGCAAAUAAAUAUUUAGAUUUUGCUUCUUUAUUAAGUUAUAUUUGGUGAGUGAGCUUGAUUUUAUUUUAAAGUUUUAUUGAUGCCGUUUCGUGUAUCUGAAGUUAUGGAAGAAUAUGAUCCCGAACCAGAAGUUUCUGUAGUUGAUGUGUAUGACAUAGCUUCAGAAAUUGGUAAAGAAUUUGAGAAGAUCAUCGAUUCAUAUGGAACUGAUUCUGUAACGUGUUUGAUGCCUAAAGUAAUUAGUGCUCUAGAACAUUUGGAAUUACUCGCCACAAAAAAUGAACUUGAAAAUACAACAGUGGAAGAGCUGCGAUCAAGAAUUACUCAGUUGGAAAAUGACAAAUUGGAAAAAGCAGAAGACAGACAUCGUUUUGAAAAGGAGUUGGAGCAGAUUGAAGACCAUUGGCGCCAGGAAUCUCAAGAUCUUGUGGCUAUGGUAACCAGACUGCAGGAGGAGAAUCGUAAACUUGUUGUUCUGCUGGCAGAGCGUGAACCUACAUCUAAAACCGAAGGUUCAGCCCACGAAGAAAGUGCAGAUGUGGAUGUGGCAGUUCUGCAGAGGUUACGGCAACUAAUUGAUGAGUUGCGGGAUAAAAUAAAGCAGCGUGACAAAGAACUAAGCUACAAGGCUACAGAAGUUGACAAUCUUGCAGCACAAGUGGAACGAUUGACUAUGGUUGGGCGAGAAUUACGCCGUAAACACCGUGCUGGACAGCUUCAGGUUCGCACACUUAUUGAUGAGCGAGCAGACUUCUUGGCGCAGUUGCAGGAUCAGCACCGUGAGCUUGUGACGUUACGACAGAGGCUUGGCUUAGCUCAAAAAGAGAAUGAGGACCUCUCCAAAUUUCAUUGCGAGGUACCAGAUCUAAAGAACAAAGUGGUCUAUGAUAUUGAUGAUCCAAACCGGCCAAGGUUUACAACAAUGGAAUUAAAAGAAAUUUUACAUGAGCGCAAUGAAUUGAAAGCUCGUGUUAGUGACUUGGAAGAUGAAUUGGAGAUGUAUCGACCGAAGCAUUUAUUGCACUCUCCAAGUGAUGACGACGAUCCACCAGUACAGGGUCCUUUACCUUUUGAGCCAGAUGAUGCACCAUGGAAAAAGUCUGAAUCAGGAAUUCGUAAGUUUUUUCGGAAGCUGUUCAGCGAAAGUAACGUCACAUUUCUUGGCACCAGUCCAAAACGCAGUCUUUCUUCCCUCUCCAAGAUGGCACUGUCUAGCAGCACUUCUUGUGACACAUCUGUUUAACACUAAUCAUUUGUCAAGUGGUGUUGAUGGAAGACUCAUUGCUGCCAUUAAUAUAAUGGGCAAUGUUGAACUCUGGCUUGGUUUUUAUAAUAGAUAGUGAGUUAUAUUCAUUUAUUGUAUACAACCUACAGUUCUAUAUGAUAUUUAGAGCCGGUGUUACCAUCCUCUUAGCAACCUUUUUGUGUGGAUUCUGAUUGAUUGCUUAAACAAUUAUUUCACAUUGUGAAAAAGAAGUAGCGUUUUAAAGACUGUGGGUGGAAUUUUUGUCUACCCACAGUUUUUAUAGCAAUAGAUUUGAGAUCUGUCUUUAACAUUUUUCACUCUCCGCUUGUCACUGCAUUAAAAAAAAUUCUGUGUCACUAUGGUCAUUUAUCGUAACCUUCAUGAAUAUAAUUCACGACAUCCAUCUCGAUUCUAACGAGAUCUUCAGUAGCCGUUAUUGUUGAGGCAUCAGGCUUAUGUGGUGAAGGUUGGUGAUUUGGUAAUAACUAUGGUUCAGAGUUCACUACAAUCUUGUAGCCCAUUUCCUUGAGCUUCUUUGUAUAACCAUUGCCAACCUAUGGCCCCCCGAGGCCUGAACAUUGGCUUGCCACACUGGCAGGAAAUCACUCGCCUAGUAAAUAAAUUGAAAUCAACAUUUUAAUUUGUAAAUUAUACUUUUCAUUUGCUGUAUAUUUGAAUUGUAAGUUAAGUGAUAUAAUGCUAAGUUGCUUGUAGGUGUGUUUAUCACAAAUCAAAAUUUAACGUCAAUAUUGUUGAUACUUAAACAGGAUGUCCAGUAUCAGGGAAAACAUGUCAAACCUGGAAUGGUAAUGGAAUUUAAAAUUUUGAAAAAAUCUGAGAAUAGUCAAGGAAAUAUAUUUUAUGUCAAGGAGUUUAAGUAAACUGAUAUCACUAACCCAUUAACUGUACAACAUAUUGUAGUUGGAUUUAGUCUUUGUUUAUUGUAAUGCUGGUGUGCCAAGUAUUUUUACGCAUGUGAGGCUCAAUUCCAUCUGUGAUGAUGCCUUACUGUGUGAUGUAAGGAACUAUAAAUUGUUAAUAGUUUUUAGGCUUAUUGCUACUGUGAAAAACAGUUUUGUCAUGACAUAUAAGAAUCUGUAAGUGAUAUGGCAAUGUUAGGAAGUAGCGAAAAAUUUGAUAUUCAUGGUUUUGUAUAGAAGUAUUAUGUGUUUUAGUCAGUGAAAAAUUAUAAACUAUGUGUAGAAGUCAGGGAAAAGUCUGUUUAAUUCCUUUUGUGGAUUUUAUUAGACACUAUGUAAAAACUUCACAAGAUACAAAUUGCCACUCUAAAUUUUUAAAUUUUUGUAAACGGUCAACGUUAUUUAAAGGUUGACCACUCCUGUCCUAUUUUCACAGUUACCUCAUUGCAAACAAAAUCAAUAUUUCAUGACCUGCAGCUUCAACCUCUGUGUAACGAUCAUGUUAAAUUAACUUCUCAUUGAAGACUACCAAAAUAUGACAUUUAACCCUCUUUGACAGGUAGAUUAACUACCAUAUAUCUUACCCAGAGCAUGUUUAGAAUUGUUAAGACUGGCACUCAAGUGAAGUGUUAUUUUUUUAUAUUACAUAAUAAGUCACAAUGGAGUGCCUUUAUAUUGUGAGGUGAUUUAUAAUUAGAAUUUAAAUUAAAUGUAUGUACUAACAAUUUUCUACUGCACCUAAAAGUAAUUGUUUUUAAAAAUUACUAUGAAUUAAUUCAGAUUAAGCAACAUUUUUAAACAAUUUUUAAUAAAGUAUUAUAAAAAACUGUGUAGGCUUAGGUUAAAAAUAUAAUCCUUCAUUUGGUAUGAAAUUCAUUUAGACACCAUCUUUUAGCCUAAGUAUACCAAAUCGUUAAUGUAUUCCAUUUUUUUUAUUGCCCCCCGAGAGGCUUAACAAGGGACUGUGCUGAUUGAGUCAUAUUUAUUCACAAGUAAAUCAAACACACACAAUUCACAAUAGAUGUUUGAAACAAUACAUGUUCUUAUGUCCUUAUAUAAAAUCUUCCUGUUAUGGCCAGUACUAGCUCUCGAAUAAAUACUGUUGACAAGCAGAAAAUAAAAACAAUAAUUAGCAUAACAAGUGAUUAAAACUUUAUAAAAAUUUGAAAGACAUCUUCAAAAAUAUCUAGUAAAUAUUUAGCUUGAGCCACAGACAAAUCUUAUAACAUGGCUGUCCAAAAUGAAAAUUACACUGCUUGAUGAGCAUUAAUCUUCAAAACACUAAAAUGACUUGUUCGUGGGAGCCACAGCAAUGGAAACAACUUCCCACAUCAAAAAUUGGUUAAAAACAAUUACUCAGUUUAUAAUUUUCUCCAAAAUAAAUAUAACAGAGAAAAAUUUUAGAUACAAUGGAAACUUAUUACCAAGCUGCAACUGAAAAUAAUAUUACACAAUGUGGUCCAAGUACCUCUUCAAACAAAUUUAAAAAAAAUACACAAAUGAGUUUACAAAACGCUACAAUCAUUAAUCCCCCUCUGAUUUUCGAAGGUGGUCACUCAUCUCAAAGUCCUGUAAGAGACGUCCAUUCCCAGGUCUGUGAUGAGUCAUUUUCCUGUGUCCACUUGCACGCCGAUUAGCGCUCUCUUUUCCUUACAGCGCUCGACUCGGACUUUGUUGGCAGGAACAGCUAUCAGAAACUCCUCUAAAAGCCUUUCUGGAAGUCUCGACCACUUGGACAUAGGACUGGCCACAAUCCUCCUUUCUUGACUCCCCAGUGAGCGCAUGUAUUCUCCACCACUGCACACUCAUUUACAACUUCCUUACUUUGCAAAUGUAGUAACACUAUCAACACCAUUUCAACAUGGUCCAAGGGACACAACAAGUUCACUGCACAAUUCAGCACAAAACUCGUUGAUCGUUAGUUAUUGUCAAAGUUUCGUACUACUGUCUGUAGCUUACCUGCCCUUGACCAGCCUGCCUUGUUGCCAGCUCAACACCGCUAUUAAUGUACUUAGCCCCUUUCUGCACCAACACUCUUGGGUUACUUGCUCAACGAGUAAAAAGUGUUACAUCCUCUGCGAGUCUUUUAAUGUACCGGGUUCUAUUCUAACCAACUAACUACUAAAAUAUGAUGAGCGAGUUUUGGAACUUACUUGCUCAGCGAGUGCAAACAUCAGGGCGAGUUGAAUAAAUCAGUUCUCGAACGUGUUACAUUCGUACACUGCAGCAUUCACUCUCCGAUGGCAGUCACUUCCUGCCACAUGGCCACUGGUGCUAAGUCCGAACUCAUUAAUAGGUAGAGUCUCUCUUAUCCCAAUCUGUAGCUAAGUCCAACAUUGGGCAUCUUCGUGGACUCUGGCAGCAUGGCAGCACGUAGGAUGACGGCUGUCAAAGCGGCGGUGUGUCGUACUUCUCCGCUUCUCAUCUUCGGCUUCUCCGCUGGUUCUCCGGCUCUAAUUGCUAUGGAUCCAUGGAGGGACGUAUAUACCCAGCAUCUUGGUGCCCAGAACGAACCAGAUUGAUCACCCAUCGAGCAAAAGUAUCACUCCUUGUCCAGAGUUAGGUGGAGGGGUCGUGAACAGUGUUACACCGGAACUAUUUUUUGGUCACAUGACUGGCUCAGAACCUCUUCCUUUGGUAGUUAAGGCAACUGGAAAUGCUUCGAUGUAUGGCAGGUGGUAAGCACUAAGGAGCUAACAUGAUACAAAGUCGGGAAAUACAGAAGAGUGUUGCGGGCAGCAAAAUUGUACCGCAACAUCUUUUCAAAGUGUUAAGCUACAUGAUAAAUUCAUCUAAAAUUGUCACCUUGUUGGAACUUGCACAAGUGAGCUAUUUGCAAUACAUUUGCAUGUGUGUGUUGAAAUUUGAUGCUUAAUCUCAAGAAAUUUUUAUAUUUGGCUAGCAGACAUUUUUAAGCUCCAUUUUCUGUAAUUAACCCCCACUUAAUUAUUUGAAGGCAUACCCCUUGUUUUUUCAGCUAAUUCAGCUAAUUUAGCUGCUAACCUGUCAGAAAAAUAUUGUAAAUUAGGAAUUUUUUUUCUAUCAAACAUUUGUAACUUAAUCUGAAGUAGUUUGACAUUUUCAAACAUGCAAUUACAGAUUUGAUUUUCAAGUACCCAUAGCUUCUCUAAAACACUUUCAACUUCAUGUCUUGGAAGAAUUGCCUCACAAUAUUAAUGCGUGUCAUCUGGACUCAUUGAUAUGGUAUACUUGUAGUCAGAUAUAUAUUUCUUUGCUUUUACAUAUAUAUCUUAGACCUGUGUCACUAAAACAAUUAUAUCAUAAGAGCAGUUUAAAGAAUUUUAAAUAGUACCUCAUUUUAUUUAUUCAACUAUUUUCUACCCAAAAUAUGUGAAAUUUUGACAUAUCCUAGAUCUUAAUUUUUUAUGCCAAUAUAAAAAAGAACUCCAAGCAGUGGUCAAGUUUAGGGUUAAUAGUGCAUUUUGCCCAAAAGGGGACAAAGUGUCUUAUGCCUCCUAGAUGUAGGUAUAUGGUUGAUUUUUUUUAUUAUUUAUUUAUUGCUAAAUAUUUCUUUUGAAUUGUUAUCAUGCUUUCUAUUUUUAUGUAUAAAUACAGAUAUUAUUGUUGUAUAAUGUUUGUAUUUUAGCAGUAUUUAAUGUAAUUAUGUAAAUAUUUCAUACCUUAAUGCUUAAUAUGUAUGUGAAUUUGCUCAAAUGUAAAGGAGAGGCAACUUUUUUUUACUUUAAACUGUGAUGACAGUCUGGUUUUGGUAGUACUGCCUUCUGUUAUUAGUAGGCCUGUGCGAAUAUCAGUUUUUUUUUAAAUUUCGAAUCAAAUAAAUCAAAUAUUGAAUUUGAAUACUAACCAUGAAAAUUACAAUUCUACUAAAAAAAAAAUUCAUUUCAUGUAACAACUUUGGAAAAUUAGACAAAUAAUAAUAAUAAAGUGAAAGGUUGGUUAAGCUACGUCAGCUAUAAUAAUAAUAAUAUGGAAAAUUUUUGUUGAAAUAUUUAAUUUGUGAAAUAAAUUUUUUUUUAAAUUAUGCAGCUGACCUAACUUAACCUAACCAACCAACCAACCAACCAACCAACCAACCAACCAACCAACCAACAUACCAACCAACCAACCAACCAACCAACCAACCAACCACCCAACCACCCACCCACCCACCCACCCACCCACCCACAACCAACCAACCAACCAACCAACCUUUCAUUUCAGUUCCUAUUCGUCUUAUUUUCCACAACUUUCUACUCUACAUAUUGAUAUAGAAAAAUUUUCUUUAAGGCAAAAUACUGUGAAAGCCAUUGCAAUAAUUUUUUUGAAAAAUUCUAAUAUUUUUUCUAAAUAAUAUAUUCCCAAAUUGAAGAGUGGACCGGAACAACAUUGUAACUUACAAAUCAUAUAUUUUGCAAAACAAAAAAGUAUGUUACGGAAAUUAUGUUUAAAUGUACUGAAAAUUGGCAGCAAAUAUUUAUUUUGGCAACAAAUAUUUUAUUUUAUUAUUCCCUAGAACAAAGUUGUAAUUUUGUAAGUUACAACGUUUUUCCGGCCCACUCUUCAAUUAGCGAUUUAAUGAACUCAUGUUUACAUAUUUAAACUAUAGUUAUUCACAAGUUUUCGUUGUUAAAGGUAGUCAAGUAAAUAUUAUUUUAGUUCAGCAUUAUUAUAAACAAAAUUUUUGCUGGUUUCAUCUUAAAUUUUAAACCAUUAUUUACAUUUGGUUAUAUACUUUUGAGUCGUAACAUCUGUUUCGUCAUAGAUGUAUAGUACACCAAGUAAGCUGCUACUGUAUCACAUUGUUAGAUCGAUUGUGACUAUUGAUUUAUACGCCAUUGAAACUAUGACGAUUACUUCUUUUAAUGUCCAUCUUGAUGGAGUGUCCGUAUCUUUUGGUGUUGUAGUCCUUGAUUUUUGACGUUUGUUUAAUUAUUUUCCACGGCUGGUUUAUGUGUAGAAAAAAAUUAAAAAAUAUUUUGUUUUCAAGUUUAAAAUGAAAAAUAUGUAGGUUUUAAAUUUUACGCAAUAUUUUCCGUUACUAUUUAGCAAGACAGUAGCGAUAAAACUUUUAAUACUUGUUGCAUGUUAAAAACAUCGCUUAUUGUUAAUGUUUUUGAUAAUGAAGUUUCAUUAGAAAUAAAAUUAAAAGGUAUUUGUAGUGCACAAAUGACUUAAUCUCACAAGUGAACGUUGGUGUAUGAAAAACUCAGCUGUAUGUUAUGUCAGGUAUUCGUAAGUUAACAAAUAUUCAUUAUUUUGAAGUGUUAGUAUUUGAGGUCAAAUUGAAUAGAAAUUUUUUUUUUUGUUUGUUUUCGUAUCCGAAAAUUCUAAUAUUCGCACAUGCCUAGUUAGUAGUAAACAUCACAUUUUUAUUACAUUGUUACUUAUUACACAAAAUUUUAUUACACAGAGUAAAGCCAAAUGAAACAAUUACUGAAACUUGGUUCCAUUCAAAUUUUAUUGAUUGUGACAUUGUCCAAUAUACUUGAAUGUAUAUACUUUGAGAAAUACAGUUGUAGCUCUACAGUAUCUUAAAUGAUACAAAUCAUAGUGAUGUUUGUGCGCUUAGUUUUUCCUUGAAAUCAGUAACAUGUUAUAAAUUGUAUACAUAUGUAUAUUGUUAUAUGAUCAUAUUUAAUGUGUACAUACGUACUCUUAUAUAUUGUUUGAUAGUGUAUAAUUGUAUGUGCAUGCAUGUUUAUAUUUCCGUACUGCAGUGACUGUUAUUUUUUGUUUAUUGAGUUUUACUGCUUGUUGACAGCAGGGUUUUAGAGAUAGUGACAUAGAAUAACACAAUUCUGAGAUAUUAGGGAUGGGGUCAGGCCAUGUGUUUUAUACUAAGGAACCAUAUCAGCAUUUUGGAAACCCUAUAAUAUCAAAAUCAGUAUGGUUGGGUCAUCUACAAUAGGAGUUCAAUAUAUUUUCACUGUGCCACCUCUCUCCAGCAUCUGUUUGGUAGUUUAAGUACUGAAAGUAUUCAGAUAAGUUGGCAACUUAUUUUUUCUGUUUAUAAUAACAUGGAAACUUUUCAAACCACUUAUUAUACUUAAGUUUAUGGUUUUAUUUUCUGUUCAUAUAAACAAUUCAAUAGUUUUGAUUUUAGUUUAGAAUAAGUAUUUCAAUCACAUGUUUCUUUUUCAUAACGAUGGAAUCAAAUGUUAAGAUAAGUGUUAAAAAUAAUAAAUGUACCGUAUUUACCCGAAUAUAAGACGACCUCGAAUAUAAGACGACCCCCAAACUACAGCCUCAUGUUUUCAGGAAAAAAAUUUUUUUAUUGUAUUAAACACAUGACCAAAUUAGAUAUAAAAUUUAAAAUAUGAAUGUUACAAAGGAUUUCAACCACCACUUUUUAAAUACUGUUAACAGUUUAUGUACAAACAGAAAUAAAUACUUAAAUGGCUGCUACUGUAACUGUUGUAAACUGUUAUAGAGUUUCAUUAUGCUGAUGCAUCAUCUUCAUUGUUGUCAUCUUCACUGCUGUCGACUUCAGCUUCAAUUGCAUCUUCUUCCCACAUGACACUAUCGUCACUGCCAUCCAAAGCAUUAGAAAUGCAACAUUUCUUGAAGCUUUUGAUGAUCACUUCCGAUGAGAUUGUGUCCCAUGCAGCCUUAAUCCACUGACACAAGACUGCUAUACUUGGUUUUCUGAUUUUGCCUGUUGGUGUUAGAGCAUGGUUGCCUGCCAAGAGCCAUUCAGGGUACAGCACUUUUAGACUGUCUUUAAAUGGUUUGUUGACACACACAUCUAAUACCUGCAGCUUUGAAGUCAUGCCUCCAGGAAUAAUAACAAGGUCGGUGUUCAUACCUUUAAUACAUGAUUUCACCUCUGGCGUUUAAUGUCCUUUGAAUGCAUCUAACACUAACAUCUUUCUUCUUUAAAAGUGCCCCAGGCCUUCUAUCCUAAACUGCCUUUAACCAGUCUUGCAUCAACUCACUUGUCAUCCAACCUUUUUCUUGACAUCUCACUAUUACCCAGAAGGCAAUUUUUCUUUUGGCAUAGUUUUACGGUUAAGAAUGACAAAAGGGAACAAUUUUCUACCAUCAGCUAACACUGUAAGCAUCACUGUUAUCCACAUUUUCUCAUUGCCACUUGUCUUCACAUUAACUGUUUUAGUUCCAACAGCAUCCACUGAAUAAUUUGAAGGCAUAUCAAAAUAUACAGGCGUUUCAUCAGCAUUUAAAAUGUAAAUAACAUACCAUUUGUCUAACUUAAAUAAUCACAGCAAAGAAGUACUGUAUAACCUACAUUAAUAUUUUUGUACAAGAAAAUAAUCGAUAAGAUGGGCGCCAUCUUGUGCUAUAGAACAUUCCAAAAACAUCGGUCGUAACAUGUGCAGCCAGUAACUACUGCACAACCUGAAAACAUUGACCUAAAAUAAGUAUGUUUACAAAAAAAUCAAUGUAUCUGAAUAUAAGGCGACCCCUUUGUUUUGAAUCAUAAAUUAUGGUAAAAAAUGUCGUCUUAUAUUCGGGUAAAUACGGUAUUUUUUCAAAAAUUUGGUGUGUGCAUGUGUGCCCAUGUGUUUGUAAUUAAGAGAAAUAUUUAGAAAUGACCUUAUUUGUUAUUGAUAAAAAUGCAAGCUACUUAUGAGAAAAAACUGUUACUAUAGUUUAUUUAAUGUGAACUAUGCCAAGUUUAUAUAGCUUACAUAUUUUAAAGCUUAACAUUUAAUUAUUUUUAGUGUUGACAAAGUUACUGUGACCAAAACUGUUCAUCACAGGAUCCAUAGUUAUACAUUUAACUUAAGCUUGGCUUCUCCACUGGCUUUUAUUGAUCUGAAUUAUUAUUGCUGUUCCAGUAAAUGAUAAAUGUCUUUAAAUGAAAAAAGUUGUACUUUAAACAAAUUUAAUUAAACUUGUUAUAACUGA